UCAUGCCUGUGUUUUUUUUUUUUUAUGUAUGAGAACUGUUGACAAUAUUCAACCAAUGAAUGAUGUUUAGUGCCUAACCAACCUGAACUUUAAUCCUGGUUUCAAAUGUACCACCUCUCUAUCAGUGCUCUUUUCAGAAAGUAACAACUAUGCUUUGUAGCUGUCUGUCAACAUAAAUUAUGCACAUAACUACAAGACAAUGGGCAUAUUUUUGUUAAUAGUGUCUCUUUAAACUAAAAUGAUCUGAAUCAGACACUUCUGCAUAGUAAAGUGUGGACGCUAGAUGUUACCUCUUUAUUACUUCCUGCUGGCAGUUAUUCACUUUUUAACUCAUCCCUCUUAAAUAUUAGCUUUCAUGUUACCUUGUCUAAAAACCUGUUGUCCUAAAGAGUUUAUAUAAAGUCAUGUUGCUAAAUAUGUUAAAGUGUGUAUAAUAAACAUAUUAAAAGCUGUUUGGACUGAAUUCUGUUUAUAAUUUGAUAUGAAAUUGACCUGUUUGUUCAGUAAAAUGCCUUUAGAUGACUGUUUUAGAUCACUAUAAAAUAUUUUGAAUUUUCAUUGAAUUAAGUGAGAACACCACCAUGGGAGUGUGUGCUGCGGAGGAUUACAAACAUCAAUGCUGAUGAACAACCAUACUGUAAAAGGACCACCUGUUAAAAUGGUUGCAUAGGAAAGUGAACAAGAAGAGGAUUUCUAUCUGUGGCACCUCGUGGCUCUAUAAUUGCCAUUUUGAGAAGGAAAAUAAAUGACGUUAAAUAAAACUUAAGACUGCAUAAAUUGAUGUGUGCAUAAAGCAAAUUAUAGGGAGAGGAUUUUUGUUAAAACUCGGCUCCGUCGGGGAAAGCAUUAAAAUAUAAGUUUCAAUUAAAAUCUAAUAAUCUAGACUUUUGAAAUGUAUUUUAUACUUAAAUUUUACCUGGGUCAAAAAUAUGCGUCCUCUCUGGUUUGUAUCCAAUAUGCCCCCGUUACUUACAGGUGAUUCUUGUACGUAAUAAUAACCGUAAGUACAGUAAACCCGGGAGAGCGGUCACGUCUUUCCGGAAGUCAGCUGGGUUCCUGUCCUUAUCGCUGAUUGGUCAGUGAGGAGGAAGGAACCGGAUGUAACAAUGUUAGCUUGACUGGCAAAAUCCCGACAGGAAAACGUGUUGAAAUGUGUGUAAAACAAGUGCUUACGUGACACCCUUGGUACAUGGUUGUUUCUAAACGAUUUUAUCAUGUCUAGUUUGAGGUACAGAAUUAAAUUAGCAAUUAGCCAGGUGAAUGGACUUUCAGCUAAAGCAGCGAACCGCAGAGAUUAAAUAAGCGACGUCCAUCCUUCGACUUUGUCAGACUGUGGACACCUCGUUGUGCAGCUGAGGACCGAGAGCUUGGGGCUCAUUACAGAGUGGACCCAGAACUACUGAUCAAGGAAACAGAAAAACAAAAGAUACAGGUUAUAUGACUGUAACCAUAACCUAUUCGAACAUGCAAGGCUUCUAACAAGAAUGUUUGAAAGAAGAAUGGGAUAAGGAUGUCUGAAAUGAUGAAGCUGGAAGCAGAGGAACCUGGAGGGCUCAGCUUGGAUCCCCACAUAGCAUCCACAUCAGAACUGGAGGAGGAAUCACAAGACAGCAAAGAUCUCAUCCAUCAGAUGUUGGUGAUUAAAGAGGUUCCUCUUGACUGGAACGCCAGUUUGAAGCAGCAGGAUCCAGAGUCGCCUUCUGUGAAGGAUGAAGAGGAGGAACUGUGGAUCGGACAGGAGGAAGAGCUGCUUACAGUAAAGGUCGAAGAUGAAGAAGAAACUCCGUUAUCAGAACUUCACCAAAUAAAACCUGAAGAUAGCAGACAGACUGAAGCUCCUGCCAGCAGCUCAGCUGAACAGAUGGGACAGACACAGCAUGAUGAAGAGGACUUCAGAGGACGGGAAACAAACAGAGAUCCAGUUGCUCUUUGUUGCUCUUCCCAACAAAGUAAGGUGACACCUCAGCUUUGUUCAAAGCUUACCGCUCAGAUUGUGGAAAACCCAUUUAGUUGCAGUCUUUGUGGCAAAGGUUUUAAACGCAAGACAUCAGCUAAAUUACACAUAAUGACUCACAUUGGAAUAAGAGAACAUAGCUUUGAUCUUUGUGAUAAAGAAUUUAAAGAAAAGGUUUCUCUUCAGACUCAUAUGAGUGUCCACAGUGAAGACAGACCUUUUGCCUGCGACGUUUGUUGUAAAAGGUUUCAUACAAAGAAACAUCUUAAAGCCCAUAUGAAGCUGCAUACAGAAGAAAAACAUUUUACCUGUGAUGUUUGCAACAAUAGAUUUAAGGUGAAGGAGAGUCUUAAAAAACACAUGAGGAGCCACACCUCAGAGAAACCAUUUGUUUGCAGUAUUUGUAGUAAAAGGUUUUCUCAACAGGACCAUCUAAAGAGACACAUGGGUGUUCACACAGGAGAAAAACCAUUUAUCUGUAGUGUUUGCAGUAAAGGAUUUACACAACAAGUCAAUCUGAAAAGUCACAUGUGUGUUCAUGCAACAGAGAAACCGUUUAUUUGUACAGUUUGUAGUAAAGGGUUCUCACAAAAAGAGAGUCUAAAGAGCCACAUGCAUGUUCAUACAGGACAGAGACCGUUUAUUUGUAGUGCUUGUGGCAAAGGAUUUUUACGGCAAAGAAAUCUAAAGAGUCACAUGAAUGUUCACACUGGAGAGAAACCGUUUGUUUGUGGUGUUUGUAAUAAGGAAUUUGCUGUUCAAAAGAAUGUAGAAAGACACAUGCGUGUUCACACAGGUGAGAAACCAUUUGUUUGCAAUGUUUGCAGUAAAGAAUUUUCACUACAAGGGAAUCUAAAGAGACACAUGCAAGUUCACACAGGAGAGAGGCCAUUUAUUUGUUGUGUUUGCAGUAAAGGAUUUCCACAAAAAGACACUUUAAAGAGCCACAUGCGCGUUCACACGGGAGAGAAACCGUUUAUUUGUGGCGUUUGUGGUAAAGGAUUUUCAUUACGAAAGAACUUACUGAGACACAUGUCUGUUCACACGGGUGAAAAACCAUUUGUUUGUAAUGUUUGUAAUGAAGGGUUUUCUCUGAAAAUUCAUCUGAAAAGUCACAUGCAUGUUCAUGCAUAACUGCCUAUUUUAAGAGUUCAAACACCAAAUACACCUUAAAAUGCAUUAAUGCACUCAUUGGAAACCAUUUUAGCAAUACCACAGAAGCUAACUUUGCCAGUGUUCCUUAUUUCUGCUUGCGAGUGUACAGGGAAACAAGGAAAACAAAUGCAGAACAACUGACUAAUUGUUUUGUUAGGUAGCUACUAUUCAAACCAUCAAAUGUAUUAAUAGUCUAUAUGAACCACUCAGUACAACUUUUCCAACUUUCCAUGUUUGGAAAAGCUGGAAGGUUUUGGUUGGUUAAUGGUGCUUUAGGUUCAAUCACUAAAGUGGUAUGGGUGGCAUUUCGGUAUAAAAAGUCAGUUAUUUGUUUACUUUUGUCACAUUCAUCAUUAUUUUCAUAAACAAGUAAUGUUGGCAAUGUUCAACCAAUGAGAACUGUUUAGAGCCUAAUCACCUCAAUGCCACCUCAAACGGUUAAUCCUAGUUUCAAACGGUCCAUCGCUCUGUCAGAGCUCUCUUCAGAAACUAACAGCUGUGGUUUGUAGCUUUAUAUCAACAUAUUGUAUUUACCCGACUACAGGACAGUGCACUUUUCUUCAGACACUUGUACAAAAUAAAAGGUGGAUACCAGAUUCUAACGUUACCCGUAUUACUUCUUGCUGGUAGUUAUUCACUUCAGCUGUAUUUUUCAUUCUAGUCUUGAUUAACAAUAGAAAAUGUUCAUGUAAUCUGGGAGAAACAUGUUGUGCUAAAAGCGGUGCUGUUGUAAAAUAUGUUCAAACUAAUCUAAUAAAAGUGCUUCAAAGCUGUUUGUA